AACGAACCAGUCUUGUUGGAGACACUGUCUAGAUUAGUUGAAAUAAAAUAAGGUGUUUGUGAAUCUAUUUGUAAGGUGCUUUAUUCGUGAAAUCUGGUUGCUUGAAAAAUAAAAACACAAAAAGUAUAUAAAGUUUUGCGUACAACUAUCGAUGGCGGGUCCAUUCUUGUCUCCGAUGCCUGGAGAUUUGCUUACGGAAUAUAUGUUUGGUCGGCGUCGACAACGGCGAAAUCGCACUACGUUUACCCCGCAACAGCUUCAAGAACUUGAACAGUUGUUUAAAAAAACUCAUUAUCCAGAUGUCUUCUUGAGAGAAGAAGUUGCUCUACGGAUUAAUUUGAGUGAAGCACGUGUCCAGGUGUGGUUUCAGAAUCGGAGGGCCAAAUGGAGGAAACAAGCAAGACUUCAAUUAUUGCAAGAUGCAUGGAGAAUGCGUUGUUUAAGUAUGGGUAACGCAGAAAUAAUAAUAGCAUCUGAUUCGCGAACUGCUUCAAACAACAAUACUAACAACAACAAAGAUGAGAUCAAAAAAGGAACGAAGAAUAAACACAAUUCAGAACGUGUUCAUGAACAGUCUAGUGAUAUUGAUUCACAAUCAGUUUGUCAAAAUACGGUAUAUAGCAGCAGCUUAAGAAUUGAUAACGCAACUAUUAUGAAUCAUAAAGCUGUUAGCACCCACAAGGAAAAUGGGAAGGACCACCUAAAUGAAAGCAAUUUGACAGUCUUUUCUAAGCAAUGUUUGGAGCAAGUUUCUUUCGAACACCAUCGCUAUUUUUACCCAGAGAGUAAACUGUACCAGCAAACUAUCACUGAAGAUCCUGAAACCCUCUCAACAGUACAACUAUCUUCACAACCAUCGAGAAUAAGUGUGAGAUAUGCAAAUUCUACCGACUCAUCCAAUGAUUCUGAAGAAAUAGAUCUAACCAGCAGUAAGGGAUGCAUCGAUUACUCAAAUUCCAAUAAAAAUUGAAACGCAUAAUAUAUGAUUAA